ACAAUAAGAAUCACAGAGCCAUGAGUAGCUCUUUGUUGGGCGCCCAACUCUCACAUCUCAGCAGCAGCUUCAGAGAAGACGCCCCGCGCCCCCCGGUGCCAGGGGAAGAAGGGCACACGCCGUGCCAACCCCCCGCGAGAAGCCAAAGAUCAAAGCCCGCACCCGUCUCAUCCAACCCCAGGCGAGACGCCGGCGGCUUGGGCGAACCCGAAGGCAGCGCCUCCCCGGACUCCCCGCUGGCGCGAUGGGCCAAGUCGCUGCACUCGCUGCUGGGGGACAAGGAAGGCGCCGACCUGUUCCGGAGGUUUCUGGAGCGCCAGCGCUGCGUCGAUACCCUGGACUUCUGGUUUGCCUGCAAUGGCUUCCGCCAGAUGGACCCCGGCGACGCCAAGACCCUGAGAGUGGCCAAAGCCAUUUACAAACGGUACAUCGAGAGCGGCGGCGGCGGUACCGUGGCCAAACAGCUCAAGCCCCCGACCAAAAGCUUCCUGAGGGAUUGCGUCAAGGGGCAGCGCCUCGACCCCUCCAUGUUCGACCAAGCGCAGGCCGAGGUCCAGGCCUCCAUGGAGGACAAUGCCUACCGGCUCUUCCUCAGCUCGGACAUUUACCUGGAGUACGGGGAGAACGCCGCUUAUUUCAGCAGUGCGGAGUCUGCGGGGUUGGGGGGUGUCACUGGGUACCUUCCCACCCUCAAUGAGGAGGAGGAGUGGAGUUGUGUGGACUUGAGGCAGAAGAGCUUGCCCUCUGUGCUGGGUCUCUCUACCAAAGCCCUGAGGGCCACCAUCAGCUUGAGGGCCAAGGAGCCAGCUGAGAGUGGCUACAGGUCACACAGAAGGAACGACCCCACCAACCCUUACCAUGUGUUUGCCCCGGCCACCAGUGCCAACGAAAGUGAGGUCUCCAGCGAUGCCAUGACUGACGAUUCCCUCUCCAUUACAGACAGCAGCGUGGACAGCAUUGCCCCCUACAGGAUGGGCAGCAAGAAGCAGCUGCAGUGGGAAAUGGCGCGGAGUGUCAAGGCCAAUGGGCUCGUGUCUCUGCCUCCUUUUCCUAGGACGCACCGGCUGCCCAGCGAGAUGACCCCCAUGGAACCGGCGGUGUUUGCGGCGGAGCUGAUCGUUCGGCUGGAGAAGGUGAAGGAGAAUCUGGAGGAGAGGGGCAGCUCGGAGGAACAGCACCACACAGAGGAGGAGGAAGAGGACUGCGAGACCCCUGUGUUCCUUCACCCGACCUCCCCCCCAUACCAGCCCCUGCCCUCUCUGCCCUUGGGUGCAAUGAAGAACCCCCAAGCCAUCCUCGAUGACCACUUGUCCAGGGUUUUGAAGACCCCCGGAUGCCAAUCUCCAGGGAUGGACAGGCACACCUGCCCCUCAUCCAGACAGACCCCACCCUCCGUGGCCCAGCCUGCAGCCGGUACCGCCCUGCGCUCUCCUGCCAAGGGCUUUGCCAACAAGCCGACCACAAAGCACGUGCACCACCACUACAUUCACCAAUCACACCCGCCAAUUCCAGAGGAAUUAGGCCGAACCGUGUGCGGGUCUCCAGUGCGUCUGCAGCGCCACCACCCAUUUCACGCCUUUCUUUAUCCCCACAGCCUGCAGCACAGCAAGAAGAACCCUCCUAUUGAACCUCGCUCCCUGUCUGCAGAGCGCCCCCCCCACCAUCACACUUGGGGUACGUGCACUGGGCACCCGCGCAGCCUGCCGCCCUCCCAUCCCUCUGCCCAGGAGCUGCCAGCGCCCCCUGUGCCCACUCCCAGUACCCUGGCGCAGCUGGAGGAGGCCUGCCGGAGACUCACGGGAGCAUCCCAAGCCCCCAAAGCAGAGAUGUUCCGUUACUGGGCAACAGAGAAUCCACCCCACCCCCAGCCAGUCGGUACCCGCACCCCUUCCCACACCUGCCCCGGUGCCUGCCAUAAGGAGCCAAAGAGGCCGCCUGUGCCCCUUGACCCCCCCGGGGAGCUGAUGGUCACCUACUUCUUCUGCGAAGAGCAAAUCCCGUACCGGCGGCUGCUGAAAUCCCACAGCCUGACCCUGGGGCACUUCAAGGAGCAACUGAGCAAGAAAGGCAACUACAGGUAUUACUUUAAGAAGGCCAGUGAGGAGUUCGAGUGCGGGGCAGUGUUCGAGGAGAUCCGGGGGGACGACACCAUGUUGCCCACCUACGAGGGGCGGGUACUGGGGAAAGUGGAGCGAAUUGACUGAAUUGACAUUCCAGGCCCGACGUCUGCUUGGCACGUUAACCCCUCUGUGCCCAGGACUCCACUGGGGGGGCGGAGUCAGCACCAACUGUGCCCGCCUUGCCCAGCUCCUAUGCAUCGUACAUGUGGGUGUGACCCCGAUAAACUCUUAUUUUCCUAUUUAUUGAACGUUCCGGCCGCUGUUUGGCCUUUGCUGCUGCAUUGAUUGGGGGAGGAGCCUCUGAUACUGAAGCCCCGCCCAUUACUCCCACAGCACUUAUGUGGUGCUUCCCGCCCUUUCAUUUAUUUCCAUAUUAAGGGCCCAAUAAAAACUGCCGACUCCGCCCAUCCAGACCAAGCCUGUGUCUUAUUGGCCUUUAGGGGCGGAGUCAAAGGUGUUAUUGGUCUGUGUAUGUCGGUCACCUGAUCCCUGCCAGCGUGUCGCUCACCAGUCAUGUGAUAUUUUAUUUAAAGAGCCACUACAUUUAAUAUAUUUAAUUGCCAGCAGUUGGUAAUGGAAGUCCAGCUCCCAGCAUGCUUAGCUGAGCAUUCCCAGCUCCUGAUAUUGUUAUAAUUCUAUUGUAUUGUCUCCCUGUAUAAAGUGUAAUAUAUGGAUGUGAUAUUCUAACGGCAACUCCUCGUGCCUCUAUGGUGAGAAUUCACUGUCGCCCUGUGUGGGGUCUAAAGCUUCCCUUCAUUCAAGGGGUUAAUGGAUCUUCUUUCCGCCUUUUCAUGUCUCGUACUUCUGACUCUCGUCCAACUUAUACUGUAAAUGAUUUAUUAUAUGCAGAGUUACCCUUUAAUGAACAGGUCACAUGGUACAGUAAUUAUUGUAAUUAAGAGAUGUAGCAUUUAUUAAAAAGUUUAUAUUUUUUGCAAA